AUGGAGAUCCGACACACUUUGCCCCAGGAUUUCCGGGACCUGCUGCGCUGCCUGAAGAUGAGGAGCAAGUACGCCGUCCUGCUGGUCUUUGUAGUGGGCCUCGUCAUCAUCGAGAAGGAGAACAACUUCAUCUCCAGGGUGUCGGACAAGCUGAAGCAGUCCCCGCAGGCACUGGUGGAGGCCAACAGCACAGAGACCAGCCCAGCGCCGGCCGAGAAUGGCUCGCUGGCCUCGCUGCGAGAGCUGGACGCCGCCUUCUCCCAGCUGAGGUCCCGCCUGCACAAUGUCACCCUGCAGCUGGCAGGCAAUGAGGACCCUGGGCCGCGGCGGCACGUCCUGCUGAUGGCCACCACCCGCACGGGCUCUUCCUUUGUGGGGGAGUUCUUCAACCAACAAGGCAGCAUCUUCUACCUCUUCGAGCCCCUCUGGCACAUCGAGAGGACGGUGACCUUUGAGCCAGGGGGAGCCAACGCAGUGGAACCCCGCCGCUGCGGCCCCCUGAACAUCACCCUGGCCGCCGAGGCGUGCCAGCGCAAGCAGCACGUGGCCCUGAAGACGGUGCGCAUCCGGCAGCUGGAGUUCCUGCAGCCGCUGGUGGAGGACCCUCGGCUGGACGUGCGCAUCAUCCAGCUGGUGCGGGACCCCCGGGCCGUCCUGGCCUCCCGCAUGGUGGCCUUCUCGGGCAAGUACGAGACCUGGAAGAAGUGGGCAUCCGAAGGGGAGGCUCCUCUCCGUGAGGAGGUGGUGCAGGACGCUUGCGCCCCAGCCAUGCAGCUUUUUGGCUACAAACUGGCCAGCAGCCCCGCUGCGCUGGCUAACCGCUCCUUCAGCUUGCUGGAGGAGGCACAGCCCUCCUGGGUCACGUAA